GAGCCUAAGCGAUGAAUGGGAGCUUCUCUCGGUUUGCUUGCGUGUAUGGGCACGUUCGCACGUGUGUUUUAAGGCGCUGGAGGAUCUUAGAGAUUGCUGUGCAGGAUCUUUAAAUGAUAAGGACAAAUAACCUUACAAGUGCAAAUGAAGUUUAAUAAUGGCAAAUGAUAGCACCCCAGUCCAAGCAGGAGCUGGGAAUGUUCCUUUGGGCCAUGUAAUUGGCAAUGAGAAAUGGAAGGGUUCCCAAAUUGCUCAGGAGAUGCAAGGUAAAGUUAAGCUUAUACUGGAAGAUGGUCUGGGACUUGUGGACUUUCAUCUUUCGAACAGAUGCUGCAUCCUCUACCUAUCUGAAGCAGAUCUGGUGGCAGGAAAUGCCUUCAAAAGAAGACUUGUUCGUUUUAGAAAUGCUUGCAAUCUUCAAGGGAUUGUAUUAGUUGAAAAAACCCAAAUAAGCAACCAGUAUUUUCCAGAUGUGCAGAAAUUUGUCGUUCUGGAACUCGGAAUGACAUUACUUCCGGUGGCCAGCCAAAAAGAAGCAGCUCAACUUAUUGCUCAAUUGGUGCACGAACAAACUAAAGCCAGUAAUCCUUUCCAAAGUAAGAAACGUCCCAAGUUAUUGGAACCGUCUGUGCUCCACACAGUUCAGCAGAUUCCAGGAGUUGGAAAGACAAAGGCACUUCUUCUUCUGGAAAACUUUGGAAAUAUCCAUCAGCUUUGCAAUGCCUCUCUCCAGGAGCUCGAAGGAGUAGUUGGUCGUAAUCUAGCUCAACAAAUCCACACAUUCUUCACCCAGGCAAAAUAAUCUGGGUUUUUCAGCAUCAGAGAUAAAGGUGUUUUUUUUUUUGAAAGGCUGGAAUUUUCCCACGGUCAGAUUUCAGGUUGUAUGAAACACAAGAAACAACCGUAACCUUCCUUUCCA